GAUCCUCUCCUUUCUGCAGUCCAAGGGAAAACAAGGUCUUGCUCAAGGCACCGUGUCCGCCUGCCCCUGAGAAGGACGACAUGGACCCUCUCCAGCUGUUCCUUCUGCUCGCUGUCACAGGCCUGGCGCAAGGCCACAAUGUUACGGUGUUCCAGGGCGUGGCCGGCGAGCCCCUGCAAGUCUCCUGCCCCUACGACUCCUCAAAGCACUGGGCGAGGCGCAAGGCCUGGUGCCGACAGCUGGGAGAAGAGGGCCCGUGCCAGCGCGUGGUCAGCACCCACAGCUCGUGGCUCCUGUCCUUCCUGAAGAGGCACAACGGGAGCACCUACAUCGUGGACGACGCCCUGGGCGGCAUGCUCACUGUCACGCUCCGGAACCUUCAAGAGCACGAUGCUGGCCUCUACCAGUGCCAGAGCCUCCGCGGCAGGGAGGCCGACGUGCUCAGCAAGGUCCUGGUGGAGGUGCUGGCUGGCCCCCUGGAUCCCCAGGACCCUGGAGACUUCUGGAUCCCCGAGGAUCCUGAGAGCUUUGAGGAGGUCCAAGUGGAGCACAGCAUCUCCAGGAGCCUCUCUGAAGAGGACAGCCCCUUCUCAGGCACGUCCACCUUUCUGCUCCUGGCCUGUGUCUUCCUCAGCAAGCUUCUUGUAGGCAGCCUCCUCUGGGUUGCAGCCUGGCGUGGGUGGAAGCUGAAGGCAUCCUCAGCCCCUGGACUUAACUGUGAUCAUGAUGCAGGACAUCAGCUCCAAACCCUGGCAGCUGAGUUCUACGUCUGCAAGUUUGCAGCCUUUUCUUGGGCCUUCUUGCCCUGCCCCCACGUCAGCUCCUGA